CUGGCUUCCUGUCAGAGGAAGAGAUGCUGACUGCAGAGUUCAGAGACCAUGAGAAACAUGAAGCUUUAGAUCCUUAUCAACUGACGUUAGAUCCAUCUGGACCCAUGCCUCCUCCAAAAAGGUCCACAGUGCCGGAACCAGAAGAACCUGAAGCUCCACGGCUCCCGGUUCCCACCCAGACGCCUCUGCUGCACAGGGGAACAGACGGCAAACAGAGAAACCGCCGCCUGCCGGAGGAGACGAUGAGAUCAGAUGAAAGUGACAAAGACUGCAGAGAAACGGACGAAGCCGACGCUGCUGCCUCUGUGAGCCUUCAUAAAAACGGCAUGGCGGACGGUGACGAGCACGUUGUGUCCGCUGGUGGAGAAGUCUGCAAUAAGAGUUUUUCCCCUCAAGUCGUCUGGUUCCAGACCUGCGACUCUGUCAUCGUAACAGUGAAGCUGAUGAACCCAGAGGUUCAGCAGUGCGAUUUCUACACCGACAGAGUCGUUUACAGUGGCAGAGUGAACGGUCGAUCCUAUAGGGCUGACCUGGAGCUUCACCAGAACAUAGCCGCUGACGCUUGCCACUGGGAGAUGAAGUCCAAUCAGCCCAUUCUUAAACUGGUGAAACAGGAGCCGGGAUACUGGGAGAGACUGGUCAGGGGGAAGAAUAUUUUCGUCAGUUUUGACAUGGACCAUGUUGAUGAAAAGGAAGAUGAGUCAUCAGGCGGACUGCGGUUUGUUGAAAGCCCUGAAGCAGGAAGCUGCUACUUGAGCUCUGACAGCGACAGCGACUGAAAGCCAGACUUUGUCUCCUUAUUUACAUUCAUAUUUUAGACAUCUUUCAGUCCUUAUGUUGCUU